AUGGCGUCUGCUGAUCUGAGAGACGAGCUGACCUGCUCCGUCUGCCUGAACAUUUAUACUGAACCUAUAACCCUGCCAUGUGGACACAGCUUCUGUCGGGUCUGUAUUGCGGGUGUGUUGGACACACAGUUGUCUUGUCCGGAAUGUAGACAAAGCUUUCGGAUACGACCAAAGCUUAAGAGAAAUCUGAGGCUGAGUAACAUAUCUAAGCAUUUCUUAUCUACUGAGCCACCGAACAACCAGAGAAAGAUUGAGUUCCCCUGUACCUACUGUGACUAUCCAGAGCCUGCAGCUAAAACAUGUCUGCUGUGUGAAGCUUCUCUGUGUGAUAAACACCUAAAGAAUCACAGUCAGUCGGCAGAACACAUCUUAACUGAACCCACAUCGUCCCUGAGGAACAGAAAAUGUUCCGUCCACAAGAAGGUCCUGGAGUACUACUGCACAGAGGAUGCUGCUUGUAUCUGUGUGUCCUGCUGCCUGGUAGGAGUACACAAGGGACAUCAGGUAAAAUCACUAAAUGAGACAUUUGAGGAGAAGAAAAUCCAAAUGAGGGAGAGUCUCGAAAAACUUACAGCAGAACGAGUGGAAACUAAGACAAACUUCCAGAUCUUGUGGAAGAUGAAGGUAGAAGUUCAGGAAAAAGUAACUGAUGUGACAGGCCAAGUCAAAGCGCUGAUUACAGACAUCAGAGGACGUCUAGACAACCUAGAACAUCAAGUUCUGAGUGAGAUCUCCAGGCAGGAAGAUAAGGUUUCCCACCAGAUCUCAGAUCUAAUCCGACAGCUGGAAACCAAGAAGGACAUUCUGUCCAAGGAAAUAAGUGAGAUUGAGGAGAAUCUAUGUAACAUGACAGACCCAUUGACUGUCUUACAGCAACAGGUAUUGGGCAGAUGUGAGGUGGAAGAUAAUAUUAAUAAUAUGGACAGAGAGAGAGAAGACAAAAAGGUCCAUGCUAUGGAAGAUUUGGACCUGGGUCUGAGCUUGGCAACCUUACACUCUGGCAUAACUGAUAUUGCAACUGUUUUAAGGGGAUGGAAUAUGUCAUAUUCAAGCAGUUUACUAAAUGUAAACAUGGCUCCAGGCACAUUAUUGGACAUAAACACGGCUUGUAAUAAAGUAGCCAUAUCAGGUAACAUGAAAAUGGCUUCCACAUCAGGCAUACCCCAGGGAUACUGGGAAACACCAGAAAGAUUCCAAGUUUGUCUUCAGGUUUUAAGCACCUUUGGAGUUUCCUGUGGCCGAUAUUACUUUGAGAUGGAGACCAGUAAUUCAGGGUACUGGAGGCUAGGGUUGGCCUAUCCCAGUAUAGAGAGAAAAGGGGACCAGGCAGUAAUUGGAUACAAUGACAAGUCCUGGGUUUUAGAGUAUUGGAAUAGUCAGUUUUCGGCGGUACAUAACCAUAAUAAAUCCUGGUUAAGUCGCUCGUCUUCUGUAGUGAGAUUUGGGAUGUACCUGGAUUAUAAAACUGGGCGACUGUCAUUUUAUGAGCUGUGUAAUCCAGUUAGAGAAUUACACACCUUCACAGCCACCUUCACUGAGCCACUUUAUGUUGCAUUAUCUGUGUAUGGUAGUAAUAACUGGAUUAGAAUAAUUAAUUAA